GGACUAUUACGUGACAUCCUACAAUUCUAAGAAACUAGAGACAAUCGUACCUGGGUCGUUUCAACGGAACCCUUUCAACGCAGCUUAGACGAACUUAAAGCCGUUGAACCGUAAUUCAUCUACGUGCUGUAGGGCAAUGCUCUCAGUUAUAGUAUUUCUGUUGUGGAUAAGGCCAGUAAUUCUAAAGGAAGGUAAACUUAUUUCCUCUUAUGUUACGCCCGAUUUUCACGCCGGCCAGACUUUUUACUAAGAGCGAACGUGAUCAACGUACAAGCAAGGUUUCGCUGUCCUUUUCAAUUUGAAACGGCUCAGCCCUUUUUCGUCUCCUUCUGCCUGGCUCAGCCGAGAAUUUUAACUUUAACAAGGCUUCAAUUUGAAAUACUCCAGUGCUGAGCCUACCGAAUCAGUUAAAUUAAGUAACUUAAUAAUCUGAAUUUUUUACAUUUAGUCGACUGUAAAAGGUUAGGCGUCAGAAACGGACCAAAUACAUAACCACUGACCAUUGAUACAAGCGAAUUCUCUUGUUGCUAUUUAAUACCAAGGCAAGCUCAAUCCAAUAUAUCGAUACACGUUCAAACACCUCUUUUGCCAAUGUGACUCUCAUAACGCCAGUGUGAAGGCUGCUCUUUGCCCCUCUCAGUCCAAACAGCAUAAAUUCUUGUUAGGAUUGUCCAGUACUCGUUUCUAAAUGUAUAAAACCUCCAUUGUUCAGCUGCCACGGGGACAUCUGGAGCGACCGUCAAGUUUGCCAAGAAAAGAAAACAAAGACGCGGCCAGAGUGUUUUUUCCGUAGCAUUGCGUUACAAUACUGCUUUAAAAAGCGGCCGACCGACCAGUGAAGCAUGAAAGGUCAUUGACGUGAAGCAGGCUUCAUAUUUACCAAAGAGCAGUCCACGUCGCCGGAACGAGAACUAAAUGAUAACAUCCCAUCUCAUUCGAGGGAUUUCCACCGACAGUAUCAAUUGUCCAUGCCUUUGUGUGUCUGUUUGUUCUUUAGGGAGUUUUUGGCAGGUUACGGACUUUCACUAUGACAAGACCUACCUGAAGCCCACAGACCCGAACAAGAUCUGCAAUUCCCAGACUCCGAACACCGUAAAGCCCAGUAGAGCGGGAAGAUGGGGGAACUAUUUGUGUGAUUCUCCAUGGAGGCUUAUUAACUCUACAGUGUUCGCCAUGAGGGAUAUCGAGCCCAAUCCUGACUUUAUUAUUUGGACUGGGUAAGAUUUCAUUCCGUUGUCCCCCCCUCAAAAAAAAGAAAGAAAAAGAAAAGAAAAAGGAAGCCUUGCACUUUAUUCCAGAUUUGCGCAAGGUUACAGAACCGUCAACAUUUUCUUCAAAAGUGGCCUGCACUUGUGGAGUAAGGCACAGCAAGAGAGAAUUAGCACAGUAGUUCAGUGUAGUGUGUCUGUCAGCGAUAGGCCUUUAAAUCUUGGCCAUGCCAUCUUGCCAUUUCGUUCCAAAAAUAAUUGUCUCCAUGGGGUACGUAUGGAUAGGGUAACUCUGUCUGUGGGGUGUAGCAAUACUCAUGGGUGCUUCUUGUUAGCUAGAGAAAUUAGUGAGACCUCCGGCUACUUGUACGAGAGAAGAGAAGUCUGAAGGAGUUAAGGAAAAGAUAACAGGGUACAUAGCGAAGGUGGUUAGACAAGUCCCUUUUUUUAAUCCAAGCAUUUCAAACUCUUAUACAGCACAAGGACUUCGUACUUCGAGAGGUAAAGAUGUGGUUAAGUUCUGCGGACUAUGCCCAGUCCUUGUGUCAAGUUGUGUGGCGUUUUCCAAAGGCCUUCACAGUUACUUAUGCAUUUCAGAAAGUUUUUCGGUCACUGUUCGCUAGGACUAUGUACUCCGAAAUGAAAAAGUAGCGCGGAAUAAUGACGGUCUAGGUUGUAGGUACCUUCUGAACAUUUAUACCAUUCUGUUACAGGGAUGACAUGCCUCAUGUGGCAAACAGUGAACUAAGCACCGAAGAAGUGAUAGAAACAGUCCAGAACUUAACAGACUUGUUGUUCACUGUUUUUCCAAAGACGACGGUUUACCCCGCCUUGGGUAACCAUGACUACCACCCUAAACACUUGAUGCCACCAACACCGAAUGACAUUUACACGGCUGUGGGAAAACUGUGGAGUCGGUGGCUUCCUCUGGACGCAGUUAAUACUUUUGAAAGAGGUGCAUUUUGUUUUAAAAAAAGUAGUUAUUAUUUGAUCAGUUCAUUAUCAUGUUCGAUAUUUCAUAUUCUCAUAGCCCCCAACUCAAGCAACAAAUGGACUGAGAAGAAAGUUAUUUCAUUUAUGGACCGAGCUGUAAGCAGUUGCUGUGGCUACUCUCUGGAGUCGUAAUAUUGAUUAUUUCUAUUGUGAUUUCAGGCGGAUAUUACACAGUUCUUAUUAAAUUUGGCCUACGCCUUGUCAGUCUGAAUACUGUCUACUACUACACAAAUAACAGACUUACUCAAAAUUUGGAAGAUCCCGCGGGUCAGUUUGUGUGGUUAGAUGCCGUGCUGACAAAUGCUUCAGUGGCCAAAGAAAAGGUACCGUUUAUUCACUGAGUAACGAAGCUGUGUGGGUUCUUUCUAGUGUUUCGGGUCCUGGGGCGGGCAGGGAAAUGGGGAAAUGGCCAGUAGAGGACUUUUAUAUCACAUUGGAAAUCUAUUCACUCGCCUUGUGUCGGAAAACCCUAUUGGAAAAUUUGGCAAGAAUAUUUUGUCUGGGAACUAAUAUCAACCAUUCCACUGCGUUUUUCACCACAAUAUCAAACAGCUCAAAAUUCGUCAUUACAUAAUCAACAGAGUAGCGCCGAGCCUUCCUACGUUAGUUUAGUGUGCCUGCCAUUGCUUCCCAGGUUUUCAUUAUAGGUCAUGUUCCACCUGGAGUCUUCGAGAGAGCACCCGGGAAAAAAUGGUUUUACCCGCAGUUCAACAAGAAAUACAUCGAUGUCAUUCUAAAACACGCCGACGUUAUCACCGGUCAUUUCCUAGCUCAUCAACACUGUGACAGCUUUAAAGUUUUCUACGAAAAAGGUAUCAGUGAAUCUUCUUUUGUAAGACGUAAAUACUUCCAAAGGCGUUUUUUGGAUAACGGAAGUCAUGUAGUAGCCUAAAAUUUUCAUAGGAUAGAAGCUUACAACAACAUUAUUCAAGCUCGGCAACAAGCAGUCCAAUACAAUAGUGGACAAACCCUUGGCCUAGCAGCUCUCCCUUCUCAACCCUACUAUACAAUAUUGGAAUACAGGAAAAUUGUGUGGAUACAUGUGUUCAACGUAGUGUGUGGGGUGAGGAAAAAAGCUGGGCAUGUACAGUUUAGAAGCGCCACAAAUACAAAUUUGUUCCAAGAUUUUUGUCCAUGAUUUUAUGAAAUUAAACAAGGUUUAGUUUGACAUAAAAGCUGCGGCGCUUUCUGCACCAAUUCCUUUAUUAGGACAUUUAUUAUUCGACUGUUUUCUUCGAGAACAGAAAGACUAUCAUUCAGAGACAAAAAUAAAUUUGUCCGGUUAAAGUCAUAAAAGUGAAUACAUCUUUUACGUUUUUCCAUCGCUUUCUCGAGAUUGACCGUGAUGCUGUGUAAAUUGUGUUCUGAGAUUGCCGACAGAUUUGAAUCACGGAGAUGGACGAAACUGAUUAAAUUUCCCUGGCUCAAAACUGUUUCCUUUGUGUGCGACAUUUUAUCAUGAUGUUAGGUCUGGAUCUACUUGCGGGGCAAAUAUUAACAAGAACGAAACUGAGCCUAAAACAACACAGAUCAGUUCCUUGGCAGCCAUUAUACUUGGAACUGGACGCGUUCUAUUGACCGUUUCUGAAAUAACAGAGAGUAUAGCAUUAAUUGUAAAAAACCUUGUUUGGGUGUUUGUUGCAUCGUCAUAAUUUCUCCCUUCGUCUUCAUAACGCUACACGCAAUGAAUGUUACGUUUUUAUUCAAAAUGAAAAUAAAAUUUGAACCCCCUUUUAAAUUUUGUUCGUCAAACCAUUGCCUUUCUCAUUAAAAUUUCUCCACAUGGUUUCGCGUCAGUUUAGUUCUUUAGAAGUAAUUUUUGUCCAAUUCGCUUUAAAGUAAGUUGUCAGUUAAAUUCAUGUCAAUAGCUAAAUUGAAAACCGUUAAUUCACUCUAACAAACGAUAGUUAUAAACUCCAUUGUAAGGACAACGAUCAAACGUUUGCUAAAGCAAUUUGUUUAUUUUUUUUCAGUAAUUAAAUCCGGAGUUAUUAAGGUAUAGGUGUGUGUAGGAAACCGUUUUGGUCCCUUGGUAAGGAAAAACUGGCACUUUUUUCUUUGCGUAGGAACAAGGAAUUUCUUUGUGUUUGUUUUAUAAGGUGGCUGCAAGCUUGUCAUUUCUGCGCCCCGGUUAUUUUGCUAUUUCAAAGGUCGCUUACUGUGUUUCAUUUCGGUUGUUCCCUCAAACUACAGUAUUAAAUUGAUCCGUAAAACAACCAAAAAAAUAAUGAAAAUACCUUUCUGACUAAAGGGUAUAUCAGUAAUAACGGACCCCAUCAGUUUCUUUAAAAUUGGGACCGGCGAUGAGAAAAACUACCCUGCACUUACUUUUGCCGAGAAUGGAUCGUUAAAAGUAAGAGAAAACAUUCACAUAUGCGCUGCCGAAGCAACUCAACUUGAACGGUCUCUCAUUUAUUUUCUACAAUUUCUUUUAAGUUAGUCUCUCAGAGAAAAUGUUCCAUCCAUCAAUACUAGCUAAAAUAUAUAUGUUGAUGUAUGAAGUCCUUUCACGUUAGUAAAACCGUGAAUUUGAAAACAAUGUCAGUAGAUUACACUGACGUUUGACAGAAUUCGUGCGGAAGCGACAAAGUAGACUAGUAAUUGGAGUCCUGACAGUGCCAUUGUUGUCUGCAUCGUGUUAGUAACAGGUGGAAAUCAGACCCUCCAAUCAAAUCGUCUUUUGAGUAAAACAUCGAAGAAGAACCGAAGAGAAUGUAGUUUGCAAGGCAAUACAUAAUUUCUUAAAGAUUUCUCUCAAAUAUUUAAAAUACUUUUUACCCAUUCGUAAUGAACCAGACAUUUGUUGGUUUGUGAAGUGUGGAAAAGUGUUGAAAGCCAACUUUGCCACAAAAGGAACUGAUCACAAGCUUUUAUUUCAAUGUACGCCAUCAAGUAGGCUAUUUUACAUAUCUGUCAGUGAUAACGCUGAGACAUUAACCUCGAAUAUCACCAUUUUUUUUACGAAGAAGAGCUUAGACUGAAUAAUCAGGGAAUAAAGAGCUUAGCAAAUAUCCUGACACUAAAAAUGAAAACUGUAUCACUAGUAAUGAUAUGAUGUUGAAGGUUCAUGAAAAAUAUGGGUUCGAAGAAAGUAAAAUGGCUAAAAGUUUGGGUUCUUUGAGAUCCUGACGAGUACGGAGCACAAUCUUCAUCACAAACAAGUAUUCUAAAUGGUAACUGUAGGUUAUCACUCGUCCAUGAUUUUCAAAAUCAUCAUCUGAGGAAUAUUUGAUUACUGCAAAAAAGACAAAUCACUUUUAAAGAAAGCCUGUAAAUCAGUCACUGGAGCCUGACUUCUUGUUCAACGCUCUUUACGCUUCAACAUGAUUUCCAGCUUGUACAACACGGUUAGAAAGCAUUAGAUAUGACGGAAAAUAACAGAAGAACCUGAAACAAAUCAGUAAAUACUUGCAUCUCAAAUGCACUAAUGGUGAUUACAUGGUCCUUUAUUUUAAUGUAAAAUAGUCGAAAAGGAUUAUGUUUGCAACUCAUGUGGGGCAAAGUGUGCAGGUGUAUGAGAUAAUGUGUGCAAACAGAUCAAGUCAGUCACUAAUUUGAUAAACGCAGUAGCUGCAGCCCACGAGUCUUUGCCAAUCACCUAACUGCUCUUCACUAUCAGACGUCUUACCCUACUAAUGACGCAUUUACCUCUUCUCAUCCGUUUCCUGGAUGGGAAGCAUUGAAUUGUGGAACACAAAGUGAUCCGACUCAAUGCUCUUUUUUAGGAGAGCACAAAGAAGCUUUUAAUUACAUUUAGGAAAGUUAUUCCAUAACAGUCGCCCAUUUCCCCAACAAUAUGGCGGCAAAAAAACUUUGACGUUUUCGGAAGUAAAGUGUGACGACGAGGAGAAAAAUAAGCUUCAAAUUAAGUUUAAAGUUCUAUAUGUAUUGUUCUGAAUGAUAAGACUUUCACUCAGCGCCUAAUAUAGUCAAACAAUUUUGCAAGAUCACACCAAACAUUUUCGCUGUCAUUUCAUCAUGAACAACAUCGACCCUGGCGACGCCAGCGUAGAUGUUCUCGCUGUGUUACAAGAGCAGCUUGAAGCCAGAAGCAAAGUGACGAUUGCGAUCGAAAGUACAGUCAUAAUAGCCAUCGAUAUUGCCGCUCUUCUGGGAAAUUCACUUCUUUGCUUAAUCGUCUCUCGCAACUCCAGACUUCACAAUUCCACAACCAUGCUGAUCGUCGCGCUUGCCAUCACAGACCUAUUAACAGCAACAACAGUAAUGCCAUUAACAAUCGACGCCGUCAUUAACAGCAAGAGGCGCUUCAGUGACACCAUCUGCAAAGCGCACGCUUUUGCAAUGGCCGUACUUGCCCAAGUAUCCAUCUAUCUGAUGGCCUUAACAGCCUUCAAUAGGUAUGUGUGCAUCAAAAGGCGAAACCUUUACAGGCAGAUUUUCACCAAAAAGCGCACUUUGCUCAUCAUCGUCACAGUGUGGGUUAUUGCGCUGCUGAUCAAUGUUCUUCCCAACGCCCUGUCUUUGGAUGACUUUUUCUUUUGCCCAGGGUACCUGCUAUGUUGGAGGCGAAUGAUGGAACCCGCAGCUAUCUACACUUUCAACGCCUGGCUUUAUGGCUCCUUUAUCAUCUCGUACGUGGUGAUCGUUGUCUGCUACUGGAAGGUGUUCCGAGCCGUGGAGGAGCACAAUGCUGCCGUUGCACCAAAUCUGAAUCAAGGCAACCGUAACAGUCAGGAGGGCAGCCGCACUGAAGAGGUGUCCGUAGCCAGGGCAGUGGCAACCAUCGUGCUUUCAUUCACUUUGUGCUGGAUCCCAGCAGAAGUGAUGGACACCAUGGAUAAAAUCAACCCUCUUCUUCUUCCCAGACAGGUGGGUACCUUUACAUUUUUUGCCGAUUUAAACAAAAUUACUGUAGUUAUGAAUCAACUCAGUCGCGCAUGUGUUAAGGAGUUCAACUGGGAACCUCAACUAAAUAAAAUGAAUAAAUAAAUGAUAUAUAAGGCUAGUUGUUACUUUCAUUUCUCAUUCAUUUUUCAUUUCAGGUUUUCCUGGUUGCCACUUGUCUGUGGUACACGAGCAGUGCGAUUAACCCAAUCAUAUAUGGUGUCAUGAAUAGUACCUUUAGAGCUGAGUACAAGAAGGUGUUUUCCAUCAUCACCAACUCUUCCUCUGUGAGAGUGUCGCCUCCUAACAGUGCACUGGGUCCAAAUGGUCAAGGGAUGAACAAUUACGAAAAUACCACUUAAAAAGCCUGAAGAUGCUUUGGUUGCCAGAGGCUUAAUUACAGGGAAGGGGCUUUGCAUAUGUUUACUGAUUAACAUUAACGUUGACGACGCUUUCUGUUCUGAGGGUUGCAGUUAAAAUAUACUAAUUACAGACAACGAGAAAGCAUUAAGUGUUUGCUCGUGACUAAGAUACAAAUUUGAUCGCGACUGUAUAAAGGUUAUUAAAAGUCAAUAGGUCAAAAAGCUUUAAGGAAGGUGCCAGAACCGGCUUUUAACGUUUACUAUGAUCUUUUAAACUCGACAUGAAAUAGUGUUUUGGCCCUUUUAGCUAUCAGUUAUCGAAAUGGUAGGGGUAUCCUGCUGAUAUGCAUGUAACCUAAAAUUAACCAAAUGAAUGGAAUUUUCAUUGUCCCAAAUAGAAACUAACACUGUAUCCCCUCCUGGCGAGGUAGCUAUGUUUAUUUCUGGUUAUUCCGCUGCUGUAAUAAGCAUUUUAAAAGAAAUGUCAAAUCUUGUGCAAACUUUUCACAAUUCCUGAUUUACCCUUUCUACAUAUUUUUUUGUAAAUACGCACUACCCUUCGUCGUUCGCCUGAUUUAUCCCACAAUCCUUUUCGAACGCCAUUGCUACGCAAGCUUAUGUAAGUACCUUGCAUCAUGUGCGCCAUAUUGUAAAACAAAACUCAUGUUUAUGGAAAACGACGUCCGAUACAAGUUUAGGGCAGAUAAAGACUUAUUAUAUAAAUACUAUGUGAUUUUUGUGUGUGACGAGUAGAAGGAAAACUUUUAAAGCGACACAAAUUGACGAUUGGCCUUUCCCAUACACAUGAUUCAGAAUGUACUUACUUAACUAUUAGAGUACCGGUACUCCAAUAAUUAUGUAACAGUCCACCGGCAUUGUUAUUCGUUUUGUUUUAUUUAAGUUUUUUAUUGGUUAAAAAAUUAUGAUCAAACAUAGCCGGCUCAUUCUCAUCUAAACUAACUGCAUGGAGUAUGUAACUAUGUAUUCUUAAUGAAAUGUGAUGUUUCUUAAACUUGUGUCAGUAAAAUAAAAACCAGUGAAACAGUCACAAAUGACGUUUUUCUAAUCGCUUGUCUGUUAUCUUUGAUCAUUUUUCCGCGUAUAAAAAAAACUGAUAAACGGCCGAGAAAGUUUUAAGUUUUCGGCGGGACGGAAAGAAGAAGCAAAUUACCCGAGGGGGAGGAGAGUAGAAUUACAACUGGCACGACGAAGGCGGAACAACUGUAGAGUGCAUGAAAAAGGACUUUUGGUGGCAGUUGGUGGCAGGGCAAACUGCGAAAAUAACAAAAGUCAUUAAAUUUAAAAACUUUUUAUGGCCAAAAAAGCGUUCAAGAAACUAAAAAUUUUCGUUGACAUUGACUCUAGGAAGGAACGCGGGCUCAGCUGUCAGUUUUCCCAAGAGACAUUGAAAACGAUGUUUAUGCAAAGUUUUUGUCUGCAAACAAGGUGUAUUAUGGUCCCUUUGAUUUAAAUCAGCUAUGUUCAUAUUUAGCUGCUUUGUUUAGUUUUCAGCCUCUAACUGGUCAACCCCAAAAAUUUCAACUAACGUUGUCGUUUAUAAAGGCCUCGAGCCAAUGUGACAGGUCCGCAAGAUCAUAGCUUCAAGUCCUUAACUACCAGAUUAUCAGCGCCACAGAACGGAAUGAAACGCCAUUAACAUUUAUCUCUGUGAUUUUAGAACAGAAGCGUUGCUUCACAGCUGAGUUUGGUAACUGUUUAUCUUGUGUUUCAAAACACAACUGCAGGCAAUUAAAUUGAUGUGAUGUGUUUUUAUACAUAGUUGUUCUUUGAAUUGUUCUGCAGGCGUUCCACGUAGCUCUAUAUUCUUGUGUCCAGCGGUAACUCCUUGGAAGACAGUGCUCCCGACCGUAGGCUACAACAAUCCUGGUAUUCGUCUCUACAAAUAUGAAAGAAGUACUUCACAAGUUCAGGUGAAACACAGGGGUCUUUCUUACUAGUAUGACUUAAGUUUUAUGCUUUUUUUCUCAGCGCUUCCUUUGAUGUUUCUGUAGAAAUGCAAUAUACAAAUAUGCAUAGCACGUGGAAUUUUGCCGGUGUAUACGAAAAGCACUUCAAUCCUCUCGUCCUGGGCAGGCUUAUGAUUGGAAAAAAAAGUAGAAAAAAUUAAACCCUGAGUUAAAAAUAACUCUUUGAGAUGCGUUUAUUUUCACGUAGACUUAAACAAAUGAGAGUUCUGCCCAAGAGUUAAAUGCUUCAUUAAAUGCUUUCAUUAAAGUGAGGAGCAGCUGCGGGUUAUAAAGGAAAACAGACUCAUUAAUUAUUUCAUGGUUUUUGUUGAACAGGAUGUUUGGCAAUACUUUACAAACCUGACGGAAGCCAACCUGAUGAACAAACCUGAAUGGCUGAUUGAAUACAAAGCGACUGAGGCGUUCAACAUUCCUGAUGUGAGCCCGCAGUCUCUUCACUCUUUGGUACAAAAGUUUGAGUCCCAGGAUAGCGCUUACUUUCAAAAAUACUUUCGGUACAACUCUGUUAGUGCUGGGGCAGAAAUCUGUGACGAAAAGUGCAAAACUGCUCAAAUUUGUGGCAUCACCAAAGUUGAUUUUAGAGAGUAUGAUGAUUGCCUUAAAUCUACUGAUGCUCCUAACAGGCAGAGCAGUAUUAUUAUUGUGUUUGGACUGUUUCUCAUCAUGUCUUUGUUACUAUAAUAAAGUGAUUGGCUAAUGAUUGCUGUGAUUUGUAAACGGAAGUCAUUUGAGGAUAAAACUGUCGUAAAGUCUCGCUUUUUCCUUCACUACUCAACCGGACAAACGUAAACGAGUUAUAUUAUCCUGGGGCAUUGGCCAGUUGAGCCAUCGUGCCGUUUAUUAUCAUUAAACAUGUAUACAAAUCCCAACUGCGGUUUAGGAAAAGUAAAUGCACCAAAGCUAAACACGAAUACCCCUAAAAACCAGCAGGUAAAUAAAGGGAUUUUGUACCUACAACCAAGGUAACGGUUCCACCCUUAGGGUUUUAGGAUAUCUUAUUUCAAAGUACCUAACACCAUAAUCUCUUUACUAUGUUAACACAAGUGAAUAAGAGGCUACUACUCAGAACGAACGAACGUACGAACUAACACGAGGAAGGCUGGCUGUAGAAUGUCACACCCUCAUAACGGCUGCAAAAUACAAACACCAAUCCCAAAAUUCACUAUACGCUUCAUCCCCAGACCUCUGAUACCUACUUGCAAAAUAGUUGGGUGGAUACAUAUGUACAUAGUAACCAAGCUAGUCUGGCCAAUUAAAGUUGACUAGUUAGACUUGUAUGGUUACGUGCAUUUUGAGCCAUAAAUAAAGCCUGAGCAACAGAGCCACAGAAGCUGCUGUUAAUUUUAUUGAUGCAUAAACUAUUCACUAUUUACUUAGUAAUUACAUUUCACUAUCUAUUUAUAUCUAUCUAGACAUUAUUACAUAUUGCAUAGCAACC